GGGGGGCAGGACGGCAGCGGCGCCUUCACCGUGCUGGGCGUGGAGCAGGUGCCGCAGGGCCGGCCGUGCCUCAGCGCAGGGAAGUAUGUAAUGGUGAUGGGUGUGGUGCGGUCCUGCAGUCCUGAGCCCGUUCUUCGAGCGAUAAAGAUGACAGAUCUCUCAGAAAACCCCGUCCAUAAGAAUAUGUGGAACCUUGAAGUGGAGGAUUUGCACAGAGUCAUCCCCUAAUAGUUUUUACUUUCUGUUUAAAAGAGCUGUAAAUUUGUUUUCUUUUGCCUUUUGGUGCAGAACAUUGGACUACUCUGUGUGACCACUCCUGGAGUAAACCAGAGUGAGGAGUUGGACUCAGUUAAGUGUAGGGACCAAUGUUUAUUUAAUAAUAAUAAUCACAGCGUUCAUGUCUUCCACUCUCUUUUUAUACCCGCAUAUUUGAGAAGUGCCUAUUUGAUGUUUUGAGUAAGAUGUCCCUGCUAUUAAAGAGGCUGUAUGUUUGU